AUGCCGUCCUCUAAGUACUCUAUUACAGGUCCAAAAACCUUGGCCUUAUCUGCUUUGGCAAUUGGCCUCGGCGUUCUUCUCGCUCGUCCAAUUAAUCGUUUCACCACCGUCCUCGGCGUCUUCCGCCAACCAGCCAAUACCUUUGUCGAGGAUGGCGAUUUUGUGAGAAUUGAGGAUACAAUGCUCUGUGAAGAUCUGCAUCUUCAUAAAGCUAGUGGCCUCCUAUUUACUGCUUGUGAGGAUUCGUAUGAGUCGCGCUUCUCGUGGUUUCCCGGACUUGGUGUGCUCCAUGAUCCCCUCACUGCAAGCAAGUCCCGUGGGUCUAUACACGUCAUAGAUCCUACGACAUUCAAGUCGAAAAGAUUGGGGUUUGAGGGUUUCGCUGGACCGUUCAUCACACAUGGGAUUGACGUUAUUUCGGAUCCCAAGGAUGCUUCCAGUGUCUACAUCUUCGCUAUCAACCAUCUCCCUCAUCCCGAAUAUCUGCAACAUGUCGUCGAUGGUAAAACCUAUGAUAAGUAUUCUGGUAACAAAGCGGCGUCUCAGAUUGAGAUAUUCCAUCACAAGAUAGGAUCUCCCACUGCCCGGUAUAUUCGCUCUGUCAGCCAUCCGUUGAUCCAAACACCAAAUGAUAUCGUUGCUCGCUCCCCAAGUAGCUUUUACGUUACCAACGAUCAUCAUUACCGGGAAGGCAUUCUUCGUCAGAUUGAAGAUGUUUACUAUGGAGGAAAAUGGUCAACUACCAUAUUUGUGCAAAUCACAGAUCUGACUUUGCAAGACGCUGUCGCUGGCUUCAAUGCUUCUGUCGCGCUUACCGGGCUUCACAACAAUAACGGUCUCGGCCAUGGCCGAACACCAGAUGAGAUAGCAAUCGGGAGUGCUGCAAGCGGAGAUAUUCAUCUUGCAACUAUCAAAAGUAAUCACUCACUGGAGGUUUUCGAGACUAUCGGCUUUGAGACAGCUGUAGAUAACCCUUCAUGGUACUCGGACUCUUUCUCCAAUGUGAACGGGGACAGUAGCGGUUAUGUCUCGGCAGGUUUAUCCAAAGCUGGAGAUCUCGCAAAGUCUGUUGGAGUUUUAUCCGGAACUGAACCUAUAAUGGUUUGGCUAGCUCAGUCAAAGAAUGGAAAAUGGGAAAAGAAGCUUCUCUUCGAGGAUGAUGGGACGAGGCUACGAUCGGCAGCUACAGCUGUAUUAAUCGGAAUUGAUCCUCAGCUGGAUGGUGUGUUUUCUAUCACCACCGCCCUUGUAGCAUCAGGCGGCAUCGCCACGUUGACAUUCUUCGACAUUCCAGAGCUUCAAUCUCAACCAGCAUCUCGUUCCCUUCCUUCAGUUAGAUGGCUUUUCAGUCGUGGAUCUCAUGUCUUUCCUUCUGCUUCACUCAUGUCAACUAUCGGCUUCAUCUAUUCCGCGUCGGUCGACAAUAAUGGCUUCAGUUCCCUCUAUUCUAUCUCAAACAACACAUCUAAAGCCAAUGGAUUUCUCCUCGCUGCUGCGCUUUCUUUUGGUAUCGCACCAUUUACUCAACUCAUGAUCCCUACGAACUUUGCCCUCAUUCGGGAGAACAACAAAUUGGGCGGAGCCAGGAGUCAGAAGGCCGCCGCAGAGGGUAACGCCUCAAAUGACAGAAGUGCUCGCGAUUCUGUGAAGGGAAGUGGAGAGGGUUUUGAGUUUACCGAUCUUAGUAGACCACAGGAACGCACAAAGCAAGAUUCAAAUCGGGAACAAGAUAAAAAGGUGAAUCAGUUACUGGAGAAGUUUCGUUGGCUUAACCUUGUGAGGGCUGUCCUUAUUGGAGCUGGAGGCGUUGUUGGUCUUUAUGCUGCCCUGAGUUGA